GCAUCAUGGCCCCCACAGCUGUUCGGAGAGGAGAGGGGGGGGUCUGUGUCGGUUGAGUCCCUAGACCAGGGCUGCCUCUUCGGCGACCGUCCCUUGUCUUCGCCGCCCCCUCCAUGCCCGCCUCCCCGGGCGCGCUUUCCGCCAAGCGGCUUCGGCAACCACCAGUUUGGACAGCCGUUUGGUUGAUGGACCCAAAACAGGCCACAUGGAAGAAGAGCCAUUUAGCCAUGCCGAAGAAGGAAGGUUAAGAGACGCCCUCCCCGCUGGCCUGGCCAAUGGCGAAGGGAAAGCAGCUGCUGGAGGAGGGGCCAUGCUAAUGGAUCCCGGCAUGUGGCUUGGCAGCCCGCGCGCCAAGCAAGAGGUCGCCUGCUGGGAGAGCACACCUGCUGUCCUGAGCCAGGGAGACUCUUCCAGCAGCAAUGCCAACCUGGAGGAUGCUCAAAACUUAGUGGCUUUCUCAGCAGCAGCAGAGGCUGCCAUGUCUUCACAUGGGUUGGCACCUCUCGCAUCCCCUUCCGCAUUAAGCAUGCAGCUGUAUGAAAAAUUUAACGCUGAGAUGAACCGUGAGGUAGAGGAUGGUUUGGCAAUGCCUCCUCCCAACAGCUAUCCUGGAAUUGAGGAUCUGAAUGCCCUCAAAGCUGCGCUUACUUUGGCCAAGCAAGGCAUGAAACCCCCCAACUGCAACUGUGAUGGUCCUGAGUGCCCAGACUACUUGGAAUGGCUGGAGAAGAAGAUCCAAUCAGCCACUGGAGAAGAGGAGAGCUGCGUUGCCCAGCCCUUCAGCCAAGUUCUCCAGCCCCCCUUAGACAGGGGUGCUAAUGCCAAGCAGGGACCGGCUGCAGGCGAGCAGGUGACUCUGGGCCCCCUGGAAGCCCUCCCCCUUUCUCAAAGUGCACUGAACAUUGCAAAGGAGAAGAACAUUAGUCUCCAGACGGCCAUUGCAAUCGAAGCCCUCACCCAGCUCUCCACGGUUCUUCCAGAGCCGGCCACGCAGGCUCUGCCCCCUCCUGGGAGCCCCAUGCGAAGCCCUAUGGCCUUUGGCUCCCAAGAGCAGCCUCCCCUCCUCUCAGCGCACAACCCCAGCAUGGUGCUACCUGUGUCUAGUGCUGGAAUGUGCCAGAGCCACCCCUCCAGGUCUGAGGCGAGUCACCGCUUGCUCCCAACUCCAGUGGCAUCUGCAUCCCCCUCCUGGCCACAGGGGGUGAAAUGUGCUCAGGAUGAAGCCCCCUAUUGCCUUGACCGCAGCAAUGGCCAUCUGGAACCGGAUGGUCUGUUUCCUACCUGCAACUCUACCCCCCUGAAGGCAGAGUUCGCUGAGCCACAGAGGGAAGAAACGAAGCCCAAAGUCGGAGGGUGGGACCCAAACCUCAGCCCUUCCCCAUCCUCCUUGGUCAGUGACACCAUGGCGGAGCUGGAGCAGCUGCUGGGCAGUUCCAAUGGCUGCAUGCGAUCUGUCUUCAAGCAGCCCGGAGGCAUCCCAGGCAAAGCAAGAGUGGCCAAACCAAAGCAGGAGCACCUCACCCACAAGGACGAAAACACCCCUGCUGGCUGUCACCACUCCCCCUCUUCCAGCCCACAGUUGUCCCAGCUCCUGCAGGAGAGCAGUUUCCACAAGAAAACCCAGAAGGCCUUGCAGCAGCACCUUCACCACAAGCGCAGCCUCUUCCUUGACCAGAAUGGAGCUCAUGGGGGGACGCAGGAGCUGCUGCCCCACUGGUGGGCCCCCAGGGCUCAAGCUCAGCCGCCUCCAAAGCAGCUGGAGAAGCCGGUCAAGGAGAGGAAGAAGAAGCCUGAAAACGGUGGCUCCAAGAAGCCCUUCCGCAAGCAAAUCCACAUCAAGAAGUCCAGGCAGAAGGAUUCUCAGCCCCUCUUCUUGCCCGCAAGGCAGAUCAGCCUGGAGGGCUGUCGUGCAGCUGCCACUCUCAAGUGCCCAAGAAAAGAGGUUCAACCUGAACAGCUCCUCUCUACUCCUACCAAGCUUUUGUCUCCCGCUUCCCUGGCCACCAGCCUUUCAGAGAAGUCUCCGUUGCAGAAGCUACUUGAAAAUAGAAGCCCAGCUUCCAACACUCAGGAAACCUGCCAUCCUGGCCAGGAGGAGACCCAGCGUUAUUUCCCAGGGAAUCCUGCCUGUGAAGUUGUGCCCCUAGCCAGCAACCCUGGGCCGGGCUCUGCUCCAUGCUCCUCUGCUGUGGCUUGCAGCGAUGGGCAUGAGGAAGCCUUCCACAGGACAACUCACUCAACAGCCCAUCCAUUCUUCACCCAGAAUCCUACUGCAGUGGAUGACAAGCUGGAGGAAUUUAUCAAAGAAUUUGAGACUGAGUUUGGUGAGAAUUUCACCUUUCAGAAUCCAGAUCUUCCAGCCCCACUGCUUCUCAAUGAGGGGCCUCUCCCAAUUCAGCCCCCUUCCCCCCUGCUCCCACUCUCUUCUCUGAGCCAGUCUCCAGAGCCACCAGGUGGUUUGGAGGUUGCUGUCCAGCCUUCAGCCCAGGAAGGUGCACAACCUUUGGCAGACACUCCCAAUACGGGUCUCAAAACCUCCCUCUUUCCAGGGGCCAGUCAAUCCUCAGAAGACCCCUUUGCCGUUCGAUCCCCGAAACACAUAAAAAUAGAAUCCUCUGGUGCUAUUACGGUGGUCUCCACCACAUGCUUUUACUCUGACGAAAACCAAAACACAGACCCGGCAACCCUGGAAGGAACUCCAACCAAGAGUAAAGAGCCGUUUUUGCCAACUCUCAGUGGAUUUUUGGAAUCUCCCUUGAAAUACUUGGACACCCCAACCAAAAGUUUGCUGGACACGCCUGCCAAGCGAGCUCAAGCUGAGUUCCCAACUUGUGACUGUGUGGAACAAAUAGUUGAAAAAGAUGAGGGGCCAUAUUACACUCAUCUGGGAUCUGGACCAACUGUGGCAUCCAUUAGAGAACUUAUGGAGGAACGGUAUGGCGAGAAGGGGAAAGCCAUCAGAAUUGAAAAGGUGCUCUAUACCGGGAAGGAAGGAAAGAGCUCUCGCGGCUGCCCUAUCGCAAAAUGGGUCAUCAGGAGGCACAACGUGGAGGAGAAACUGCUGUGCCUGGUGAGACACCGUACUGGCCACCACUGCCAGAAUGCCGUCAUCAUCAUCUUGAUCUUGGCUUGGGAGGGGAUCCCUCGGUCCCUGGGGGACACCCUCUACCAGGAACUCACUGACACACUCACAAAAUUUGGAAACCCUACCACUCGGCGAUGUGGGCUGAAUGAUGACCGGACCUGUGCAUGUCAAGGCAAGGAUCCCAACACCUGUGGUGCUUCCUUCUCCUUUGGCUGCUCUUGGAGCAUGUAUUUCAAUGGGUGCAAAUAUGCACGAAGCAAAACACCCAGGAAAUUCAGAUUACAGGGAGACAAUCCCAAGGAGGAAGAAGUUCUCAGAAAAAGCUUCCAGGACUUAGCUACGGAGGUUGCACCACUUUAUAAAAGACUGGCACCCCAGGCCUAUCAAAACCAGGUUGCUAAUGAGGAUGUAGCAAUAGAUUGCCGACUUGGGCUGAAAGAGGGGCGGCCUUUCUCUGGAGUGACAGCAUGCAUGGAUUUCUGUGCUCAUGCACACAAGGACCAGCACAACCUUUACAAUGGGUGCACGGUGGUGUGCACCUUGACAAAAGAAGACAAUCGCACUCCUGGGAAAAUCCCGGAAGAUGAGCAACUGCACGUUCUUCCCUUGUACAAAAUGUCCACUACAGAUGAGUUUGGCAGCGAGGAGAAUCAAGCUGCAAAAAUGGGCAGCGGGGCCAUCCAGGUCCUCACCUCCUUCCCCAGAGAGGUGAGAAAGCUUCCUGAACCAGCAAAGUCUUGCAGGCAGAGGCAGCUGGAAGCCCGGAAAGCGGCUGCUGAAAAAAAGAAAAUGCAGAAAGAGAAACUGAUUACACCUGAAAAAAUCAAGCAGGACGUCCUUGAGCUCCCGACUCUCCAACCGAAUACAGAUACAGCUUUGAAAAGUGGAUUCUCCCAGCCAUCCAUCAAAUCUUCCAUCAAGGUGGAACCUCAGAGUCAUUAUAAUGCCUUGAAGUACAAUGGGAAUGCGGUGGUGGAGAGCUACUCAGUACUUGGCAAUUGCAGACCCUCUGACCCAUACAGCAUGAAUAGUGUUUACUCUUACCAUUCAUACUAUGCACAACCUAACCUGCCUUCCAUGAAUGGGUUGCAUUCAAAGUUCUCUCUUCCAUCUUUCGGGUAUUAUGGAUUUUCCAGCAACCAUAUGUUCCACUCCCAGUUUUUGAAUUAUGGUGAGAACAAGAAUGCACCCUGGAUAAGCAGCCCCUACGAGACGAAGCCUGACGUCCAAAACUUACAAGAUAAUUUGAGCCAUGCUUACAGAAAUACUGAACUACUGGAUGACAUACCAGCCACCGUACGGAGCAAAAAUCACCAUCAGCGCACCUACGAGAAAGCCAGCAGACAUACAAGCAAGAACCCAGCUGUGCCCCAGAGCUGUCACUCAGUCCCUGCAGAAGCCUUGUCAUUUGCACAAAACACAAACUAUUUCAGCAACCGAACAAUCAAGCAAGAACCAAUUGAUUCCUUGGCUCACCCGGAGUCCCUUUCUCAAUCACCUGCUCUCAAUGGCCUGAAUUCAAACUUGAGCCCAUCUGAUUUAUUCAGGUUAUCUCAGAAUGGUGGUCCAGAGCAACAAUGGAGCCCUUAUAAAGUCAACAGAAAUCAGUCCCAACCUGAGAGAAAUAGUAAUGCUGAAACCUCGUGGAACAUGUUUACACCAAAUGACAGUGUCAGCAUGCUUAAUGCAAGAACCCAGAAUAAAUCAAAUUUGUUUGGUUCCCAUUCAAAUGUUAGCAGGUUAUCACAAUCCUGCCUUAUGGAGAAGCAGUGGAAUUUGUUUCCUGGGGAGGGGCAGAAUCUGUCACCUAGCCCUGAUAUACUAGGGAAAUCAUGGAGCCCUUGCAAAGUUGAUGAAAGCCCAUCGCUGUUUUCUGCCAACUCAGAUCUUCAGGAGAAAGCCUGGGGUCUCAGACAAUUGAACUACAGUUCCAUCAAAGGAAGCUCCAGGCUUCAAGAUGAACUUUGGCAUUCUAGUAAAGGAGAGGAGAGGAGAACUCCAACACCAAACGCAGGUUUACAGAGCAGAUCAUGGACUUCCUUUGCGUCAUUGCCCUCUACAACCUCAAGUGUUUGCGGGGAGAAGCCCCCAUUUGCUUCCUUGAGAGAAGAAGGAAGUGCGUCAUUGCUGGGGGCUGAAAGACCCUGGGAUUCCUUUAGUUUGGAUGACAGCAUGGAAGAAACACCCGAGAAGAACAUCAAGGAGGAAGAGGAGGAGGAAGAGGAAGAGGUCUGGUCAGACAGCGAACACAACUUUUUGGAUGAAAACAUUGGAGGGGUGGCAGUAGCUCCAGCCCAUGGCUCCAUCCUCAUUGAGUGUGCAAGGCGAGAGCUGCAUGCCACCACCCCACUGAAGAAACCAAACCGAUGUCACCCCACACGCAUCUCUCUGGUAUUCUACCAGCACAAGAACUUGAACCAGCCCAAUCACGGACUUGCCCUUUGGGAAGCAAAAAUGAAACAGCUGGCAGAAAGGGCAAGGGCAAGGCAAGAGGAGGCAGCCAGGCUUGGCCUUCAGCAAGACAUCAAAAGCCUUGGCAAGAAGCGGAAGUGGGGAGGCAACUUGGCCCUCGAGCCCCAACAGGAGAAGAAAGACUUGGUCCCAAAGAGGCAGGCCUUGGCCAUUCCCACCAACUCGGCAGUCACAGUGUCCUCUUACGCUUACACCAAGGUAACAGGGCCGUACAGCCGCUGGAUAUGAGAAGAGGACAGCUCUCCGGGGCCACUUUACCUCAAUGCGGGCAGCACUCAAAGGCGGUGCUGGUCUGUGGUGCUUUUUCCUUUGGAGAGAAACAGAAUAUCAAGCCAGGUGUGAAGUUUCUCUACUGUCACUUGGGAGUUGAGUUAAAGAAACUUAUUGCUGUCAACCUUUUUUCAGUAAUCUAGUAUUUAUAUCUUUGCAUUUUAAACCUGUACAUCACAGUAACGACAAAAGAAGUUUAUAGUGUCCUUUUAAAAAGGACAGCUUUUUAAUUCCAUGUCCAAUACUUAUGUAUGUUGGAUUUUUAACUGCAAUUAUUACAACUCUGAAGCAGAUUAUGUGAUUCAUAAAAAGGCAACACCCCACAACAAACCAGGUACAAAUUUGCACCUGUUGGGGCUAGUAUAUAACUUCCUUUGAAGACCACCCAGAAACACGAGUUUCCAAUUCAAUCAAAGGACUGUUUGAAUAGAGUUCAGUGGUUGAUGCAUGUGGUUUCUUACUGAUUCAGUAGGUCCCGGUGGCUGGGAAGAUACGGAGAGAAGGCCUAUGCCAUUGCAGAUAAGCAACCGUGUCCUGCUCAGUUGUCUGAACAAUGUUUAAAACGGUUCACUUGACAUUGCUUUCUCUGCUUCAGAUCUCGGUAGGAUGAGCUGGACCCUUACUAGUCUUCUACCAGAUCCCAAACAGUACCAUAAAUAGUAAAGCUUGAGCAUAAAAAAAGGAAGGAAAACAGGACUAUGAGAUCUACCAGCAGAUACAUUUUGCUUUUGUAAAUUUCAAGGCACAUUUUAUCUCUAUCAUCAGGUAAAAGAAAAAGAUAGUGAUUUACACCGCAGGCAGUAUUUUACUGCUCCAUUUUAAAUAAUUUAUUCAGUGAGUCCAGUUUAAUUUGGAAGGAGAAAAAGUUUUUAAAAUGAAGUUCUCACGGAGAAGGGGGGAAAGGAAAUGGAAGUGGAAGGCAAGAAAAAUCCAGGGAAAGCCAACUUAGGUAAAAUAAUCGUUGGCAUCUUGAUUUCUUGCUCGAUAUUCUGCGAGAUGAAUGAAACUCCAUUGUAAGGACAUUUCUUUUUUUCUUUUGUUAGCAGUGCUAUUUAACCUAACUUUUAAGUUUGCAGUACUGUACAAUAUAAUUAUGCUAAUUUCCUGGGAUGGGGAACUAGUUAUGCUUAUAGUGACAAGCAAUGCUAAUAAUAAAUGGCAGCUUAAACUACUGUAUCUUUAAGAAACCACUCUACAUUACCUUCAGUGGGCAAAUAGAUAACCUCUUUUUUUUUUCUUUUUAUCAUGUCUGGUGCAGUCGGAUUAAAAGGGGGACUUCUUACUGUAUUUUCCAGUGGUGCAGGCUUACCAAAUUAAGAUAGUUCCCCUUACAAAAUUUGUCCUAAAAUAUACACAAACUUAUUGUAAGAUUUAUUUUACUUUGCCGCCUUUGAGAGGAAAGGAGAUGUAAACUUAUGUGGUAACUAAUUCAGUAUAGCAUAGCUGGUGCUUUGAAAAUGUUGAAUCCAGUGUUUAAAACUGAUCUAUUCUUCUUAGCCUUCUUUCUCUUAAUAAGAUGCCUGAUCUACAUAGGUGGCUACAGAUCUCUGGAGCUAGACAUCCCUUGGCCGAAAGUGAUGGUGGGAGAGCAGCCUUCCUAAAUUAGAAUGGAAUUCAGUUCAGUCCGGUCUCAUCAUUUUACUUAAACUACAUAAAAAAUAGCUUUGGGCAUUUCAUUUGUUUUAAUGAUAGAAGUAUAAAUGUUUUAAAUUGCCUGUCACGAAUAAGUGGAUCUUUGUAAGGUUUUUCUUCAAAUCAUUUGAAUUUCACCCUUUACUAGAAAAGCUCUGAGCUAGAGCUAUUUGCCUAGCUAGUUUUAAAUGCUCCCACCGAAUCUGUGUGGAAAAUACCCACUGAACUCCAUGGAAAUUGGAGAUGGGAGCUCUCAAUCCUGGAGGUGGCACCUUCGGAACAUUUCCACACCCUCUUUUGUGCCAUCUUCAGAUUGGGUGGUGGCAACCCUCGCGAUAAAUUUAGGAAUCCUUGCCACCUUUUACUACGGGUCUUUCUGUAGAAAAAUGGAGAUCUCACUCCUUCACCAGAGUAGAUCCCCACUGGCUUUAAUAAGCCAACAUGAGUGGUUUCUCAGUGGUGCAGAAGGCAGAAGAAUCAAACCUGUUCAAGAUCCCCUUCUGAACUUAACCGGUGCCUUUUGAGAAAAGAUGGCUUGCAGAUUCAACUCUGUACAUAGCAUUUGUUUACUAGGAAACUUUCUCAGUCCUUGCACCUCGCAACAGGAGUAACGGGGGGGGGGGGGGGGGGGGGGGAAUCACUGUAGAGCAUCCUGUGUGUUUUAUGUGGUUCUGAUUUUAAACUGUAAAUAGCAAAAAAAAAAUUAAAAUUAAAAAGCACUUUCACCAAGAUUUAAAAGAAAGAGAUACCCAAUAACUUGAAGAACAGUAUGUUUUAAAACAGAUUAUUGCGGGAGAAAUGUAAAUAGAAACAAAAUAUUUAACAAGCUUUUCCGUCCUUAAUUUCUUUUGUUUACUAUAUUCUGUAAAAUUGCUUACAUUUUGCAAGAAGAAUCAAUGAAUUAUAAUUGAUUUUGUAUGCAUACCUAUGAGCAUAUCCUAGCUGUUAAGAAUGAUUCCAAGGCAGAUUUAUAGGAAAUGUUCUGAGUGUCAUAGGAUUAUACUGGCACCAGCCACUAAUUUUCCACUGGUGUCGAUCUGCCAGGUUUCAGGGCAUCUGCACCAGAGACUCAAUUAAACCCAAAGUAAAAAUGUUGGUUGAUCAUUUGUUCAGAAUUGUAUCACUUCAGAGUCCAGGUGCAGGGAACUACAGUUUUAGAGCCGCUUUGUUUCAAAUCAAGAUGCUUGGCAGAAGGGGAAGUAUUGAGAAGAGGUUGCUUUCAAGCAAAGGAAAUAAACUGGUCGUUGCAGUCCGUAAUGGUUCCAUCUAGAAGCCCCUCUGGACAACCACUCCCCAGACACCAUUUCUCUGCCUUGUUAGGCCAACUUCAUGCCUGUCUGGCAUUGAUGGUUAUGAGGUGGAUCUAUUAACUAGAAAAGAAUCUCUUCCGCCCCAAUAUUUUGUAUGGUUUGUUUAAGUGUAUGUAAAUUCCUUGGUUUAGUGUCUUAUUUGGUAAAUGUUGCUGGGGUGACCUGAAAGCUUCACUUAGAUUAUUUUAGAGAACAAGGAUUUGUAAAAGUGUAUGGAAAAGAAGGGGCUCCAAUAUAUCUGACUUGUUGAAAUAAUGUUAUUCAACUUCUGUCUUUGGAACUGUCCAGCCUUGAGAGUAUAAUUUUCUGAGCUGGAAAUGUUGUCCUUUGGAUCUUUCACCAAAGGAGGGUUCCAUGUUCCGAGUCUUCAAAAACCAGGAACUACCUGAGGGUCAAAAGGUGUUGAGCUGGUAGUUCCCUAUUUGGUCCAGAUCAGUUUAUACAGAGAAAGGGAGAAAUGCAAAGGUCGGCUCCUCAACCUGUUUUAUUUUCACCAAUAAUCAAAAAGGACCAAAUUAUGUUCUUCCUUCAAACUUGUGCAACUCCAAAGCAAGUUAAACUGGAAUCACUAGUUUUUACUGAAAUAGCAUACCUUUUAAAGGCCUGAAUGACUGUGGUACAAAUAUGAAGAAAUCUGGUCAGAAGUCAGUGUUAAAUCUAUAGAAUGUGAAUGCCAUCAAAAUUUGGCACAUUUGUUAUUUACUGCAGUUCAAAAUCACAAAGUAAACAUGGACAAUACAAAAUACAAAUAAAAAACACAGAAAACAGAAUUACCAUGGAUUUCAUGGUUGAUUAUACUUUUUCACAUGCCUAAUUUAACAUAAAGAUGUUUUAAGUAAAAACAAGACUGAUCCCAGAUAAAUUUAUGUUUUUAAUGCAAAAAGCCAGCUGCAGUCUGAGGUUGUUUUCAUGCUAUAUAUAAAACCUACCUCGUAUCUCAGUUGUGAAAAAAAGUUUGAUUCAGAAUUACAUGUGAAAGAUAGAUCUAUGCACGGGAUUCUCUGCUUUAGCUUUGUGUUUAGAAGUUAGAAAUUCUUGUCAUUGGCUCUGUCAUUUUCUUCUGGUUUGUACAAUUCAGAAAAUUGUAUGACGUGCUUUAUUUGUAUUUAGAAGUGUAUGGGUAAAUGGCAUCUGAAGGCUCAAAGAUAUUUUUACACAUGCACGCACGCACGCACCCCAGUCCUGAGAUCUUAAAGUAAUUUCUUGGGAAGUCGAACUCAACUCACAAGGAGAUCUGUAGGGCUAACAGUGCUAUUAAUUUCUUUCAGUAAGCUUGGUGAGCACUGCCAGUUUGCACUGGUGACUGAAUAGCCUAAGACGUAGGAAGUCAAGGUGCUAGGCACCCUGGUCAUUGCAUUGUCUUCUCUAAAAGCAUGAACAAUUGCUCCAAGCACUGUCUUUUGAACGGACGCGUUAAGUGUAGCUGAACAUUCAUAAAUCAACAGCAAAAUAAAUAAAUAUAAUACUGAAAUGUAUUUGAGGAGGUGUAAUGAUGAGCUUAACCCUGGUGCUAUAAAUGAAAAAAAUCCACAAUCCCUGGAAAAAUUCUUGAAACAUUGAAUUGUGUUGCACAUGAAGACUUGGCUAGUUCUCACUGACUUCUCUGGGAGGAGGUUGUUUGGCUAUAGGACAUAGUCUCUGCUUUGGGCACUUGAAUAUCUUUUUGUCAAAUCAGGAGUUGUUCCUGUCAGUCAUUGUUUAUGCACAAAGCAUGGAAGGGUCAAGUGGUAGAUGAUGAGCAUUUGUCAUAAUUCCUUUACCAGUUUUUCAGCUUGACUGUUGGUCUGUAAAACUUGUUACAAUCUUUUCAUGGGCGUGUGUCUCCUUGUUGCUGCUCUGUGAUAAGUAGGCAGCUAAGAAGCUUCAAAAGAAGACAUCACAGUGCAUGCCUUCCUUGCCCAACAUGUGCCCCCCCCCCCCCCGCUCCCCCAUGUGCACGGAUUCCAUUACCUUCAAGUGAGUGGGGAAGACUGGGAAGGCUCCCACUUGCCUAGGCUAAGCUCCCACUCAACUAAAGGCAAACAAGGAAGAAACAAAAAAUAUUCUGAGAUAAUACAGCUGAUGGUGCAUAACGCCAGAAUGUGCUUUGUAGGCUCAUUCAAAGGCAUAUUUUUAAUCAACUAAAAUCUUGUAAUAAAAAGGUGCUACCU